AUGCCGGCGAGGGCAGAACAGAUGGUUCAGGAUAAUGACAGUGAGGCCAAUGGUCAGGAGUACAACAUAAGGAAGAAGAUUGAGCAUGCUUACAAGUCCAUCCAAUAUAACUCAAUUGUCAAUAUCUGUCGUGGAACCCAAUUCUACUCAGAGCGCUUCCUGAAAUUCAUUCAGACGAUCUUUCCUGAGAAUUCAUAA